GUUAUAUUCCUAUUGCCAUUGCUACAUUUAGCAGCAUAACUUGUCUAUUAUCGGUUCACUUUGGACUCAAAAAGCCAUGUUUACAAUGAGCUGUGAUUGGUUAAUCCCUAAAAAUGUCGACUUGACUUACCGGUUCUUCCGGUGACCCACCUCAGCUGAGAUUGUCUGUCGCACCGUGAAGACAUCGGGUCACCUGUUAAAUACCAAUCACAGCACUGUGGGAGUCGUGUUAUCAAAGAAAUCAUGAAACCACCAUCAGAAGGGCACAGACAUCGGGCAGCCAUGUACAGGGGUCCAGUGACCUUGCCGUGCGUCCUCAUCCAAGUACUUGACGCCAUCAUCUUACUGGUGAUCAUCGCAGCUCUCAUUCUUGCCUGCUGGGCGGGUCUGUGGAAGGUCAUUGACAUCUUACUGUUCCCAAAAGACAAGGAACUCACCGGCUGGACCUGCUUAGCCAUCGGCAUGACCCUUCAACUCAUUCUCAACUUCUUCCAGAAGAUUUUCUACGACACCACGAGGAAUGUCAACCUAAUCUUGUACGGGUUUCUUUGGCGCCUCCAUGCGUACGUGGGCCUAAUUGCAGCCUUAACUCUGUGGCGAGGAGUUUGGACAUGUCUCGAAUUUUACACAGGGGAAUCCGCCCUCAGCCUGGCGGUCAGCGCGAUCAUAGCUGCUGUAAUUCUUAUACCACUUCGGCUAUUCAACGUGGUUGUCACCGUCCCAGGUCGUAUGGUCAAAGAGCCAGCUGCAGACCCAUUCAAAAUCCCCACCCGUUUCCAGAUCGCUCCUUCCUGCAACUGUAAGUUCGUCCUAGACGUCCUCUUCAACGUCAUUGUGAUCUCUGUUUUGUUCGUGGUUUAUUUUCGAGGUGUGUUCGAUCUGAUGGAGAAAGUCGUCUACCCGGGCGACAAAGUCCGCAACCUGUGGGCCUGCAUGAUGAUAGGGUAUGGAGUACUGGUGCCCUGCGUUGUCGCCCAACGGUAUGUGGCCAUACUGUACCGGGCUUUGGCGGACAGACUGUGGCUGAAGAUCGCGCUAGAUGAUACUUACAGUUUUGUCAUUGCGUUUGGAGUGGUGAAUGUGUGGAGGGGAUGGUGGGAAUUGUACGACGUGUACCUGCUGGCAACAGGUGAUCAGGUCCUGAGGGGUGCCCUGUUGCACCUGGCGGGUGUGUUAGUGUCCUACCUGCUGUAUGCGUCCCGGGCGCAGGCCUUUCCGCUGGGACCUGAACGACUGGACGGAUCGCUGGACUUGAAGACGGAUAACAUUAUGGGCAUGUACCUGGAAGACAAGCAGUGCUGCUGUUUUGAGCCUUUCCAAGUCACAUAUGACGUCACCGAUACGAGACCCCAGGACAGAAGUGCUGCUGGUCAGGAGGCGGAGGACAUCAUGCUGGUGGUUACAGAGGAGGAGACGUGGGAGAGUUCGCUCAACAAGAAGGCUGGGACCGGAUACGGCAGCACGCCUGGACACUAGUUCACCUCCCAUGUGUCUCAAAAAUUUUUAGCAGGGAAUUAUGAUCGUUUUCAAAUGAACAACCGUGACCAAGGAGUGAUUUAUGGGUAAAAAGCGGUCAGUUAGACCACGUAUACAUUCAUAAAAGAGCAAGCAUAUUAAAGGUCAAAUCUGACUAAAUUGCAAGGAUCCGGAUCUUUUUUUUCGGCUUGGAUUCUCACGGAUUCGGCUUGAGCUCGUUUGCAAACCAUCCUUGUGAGGUAUUUUGAGACACUUACGAACAAUUAGCUAAUGACUCUAAUUUUGGAAUGUGAACGCAACAUGGAUAGAUUCUAUGUAAAUUUCCGAUUUGCCCCUAGUUGAUGGCUGUACAUAUUUAUGUACACGGGGUCAUAGUGUAUGUAGUGCGGGGAAUUGUUGAAUAAAACAAGUUGCUAUAUACUUUUAUCUUA